UGGACACUGUAAUAUGACAGACAAUGAGCAAGUUUUGGAUGCUGAACAGUGGAAAGUUGAAGCCCAAGCUAUAAUUGAAGAUGUCAAACAUCAUCUUCGAGACAUUCAAGUAUCAGAUAAAUUGAAGAGCACCAACACUGGAAUAUUUUUAAAUUUGACAACUGGAGAAGGAUCAAAAUAUUGUGUACAAGUCACAAAAAUGGGCUUUAAAAUUGUUGGAAUGAAUUAUGACAGCUUGGAAAAAAUAAACGACAAUUUUAAUUUCGAAACAAUGAGCAGUCUUUUAGACUCAAUGAGUCCUGAAUAUCGUCAAUCAUUUGGCAAUAGUCUUAUAGAUAAACUCAACAAAAUUAAUAACAAUGAU